UAUUCUCGAAAUUUUUCUGUUCACAACUCAGCAUUUCUGCCUUAAACUAUACCCCAAUGAUUUGAAUUCGAAUUUUUUAAUCUAAUUUUAUAAUUAAUUUUGAAUAUAAAUAUAUAAAUAAUAUAUCAAAAUUUAUACUUACAAUCAUAAUAAAUUUUAAAUUCUAAAUUCGAUGAUUGGCCCACAGUGGAACAAUGUUAGCUCUAAAUCAUGCCAUCUAUAAAUAUAUACAUUGGCUUACCAUUUUGCUCAAUUGUUUCACAAAGUUUUCUUCUCUCUCUUUAUUUAUAGUAUAUGUAUUUUUUACACUGAAAUCCAAGCUGACAUAUAUAUAUUUCCCCUCUCUUCGAUUCUAGCUAUCGUUUAUCGAGGAAGAAUAUAAAUGAAGAUGGUGGAGGAAAGGGAGAAUAAGUUUGAUCCACAACAAGUGAUUGAUGAAUUUGAGCUAUUAAGCAAAGAUGCUGGGAAAAUUCAAGAAAAGACCUUACAAAAGAUUCUUGAAGAAAAUGGAAGGACAGAAUAUUUGCAACAAUGGGGUCUUAAUAGGAAAACAGAUCAAGUUUCUUUCAAGAAUUGUGUUCCUCUUGUUACACAUAAGGAUUUGGAGCCUUACAUUCGUAGAAUUGUUGAUGGUGAUCUUACUCCUAUUCUCACUAGAAAGCCUAUUACUACUAUCUCGUUGAGUUCUGGUACAACUCAAGGAAAGCCAAAAUUUAUACCUUUCAAUGAAGAAUUGAUGGAAUCCACCAUGCAAAUAUUCAAGACUUCUUUUGCCUUUAGGAACAGAGAAUUCCCAGUUGUAAAUGGGAAAGCAUUACAGUUCAUUUAUGGAAGCAAACAGUUCAAGACGAAGGGAGGUUUAGCAGCUGGAACAGCCACAACAAAUGUGUAUCGAAAUUCGCAAUUCAAGAAGACAAUGAAAGCAAUGCAGACUCCAUGUUGUAGCCCUGAUGAAGUGAUAUUCGGCCCUGAUUUCCAUCAAUCCUUGUACUGUCAUCUCUUGUGUGGUCUCAUUUUACGUAACGAAGUUCAAGUUGUCUCAUCUACAUUUGCUCAUAGUAUUGUCCAUGCUUUUAGAAAAUUCGAACAAGUAUGGCAUGAACUUGUUGCUAACAUAAGGGACGGAGUCCUUUCUAGUCGCGUAAAUGUCCCUUCUAUAAGAUCAGCAAUGUCAAAAUUACUCAAACCUGAUCCAGAACUGGCUGAUACUAUUUAUAACAAGUGCAUUCGGUUAAGUAAUUGGUACGGGUUGAUACCUGAAUUAUUCCCCAACACAAGGUACAUAUAUGGUAUCAUGACCGGAUCAAUGGAACCUUACUUGACGAAAUUGAGGCAUUAUGCAGGGGAGUUACCUCUGCUUAGUGCAGAUUACGGAUCUUCUGAAGGAUGGAUCGGAGCAAAUGUUAAUCCUGAAUUGCCUCCUGAGCUAGUUACUUAUGCUGUACUUCCUAAUAUUGGUUAUUUCGAAUUCAUUCCUCUUGUGGAAAAUGUAGAUGGCGUGGAGGCUACACCAGUUGGUUUAACUGAAGUUAAACUCGAUGAAGAAUAUGAUAUUGUUGUCACCAAUUUCGCUGAUGCAGGUUUAUAUCGAUACAGGCUUGGUGAUGUGGUAAAGAUAAAAGGAUUCCACAAUGGCACUCCCGAGCUCCAAUUUAUUUGUCGUAGGAAUCUCUUGCUAAGCAUCAACAUCGACAAAAACACUGAGAAAGAUUUACAACUAGCCGUGGAAGCAGCAGCACAGCUGCUAUUAAACGAGAAGUUAGAAGUAGUCGAUUUUUCUAGCAACGUAAACACAUCAGCUGAUCCAGGGCACUAUGUAAUCUUCUGGGAACUGAAUGGUGAGGCAAGUGAAGAAAUUCUGAAAGAAUGUUGUAAUUGUUUGGACAAAUCUUUCAUCGAUGCUGGCUAUGUUAGCUCUCGGAAGGUCAAAACCAUCGGUGCCCUUGAGCUACGGAUAGUGAAGAGAGGGACAUUUCAUAAGAUUUUAGAUCAUUUUGUAGGACUAGGAGCAGCAGUUAGCCAGUUCAAAACUCCGAGAUGUGUCGGUACAACGAAUCUCUCCGUGCUGCAAAUAUUGACUAGUAGUGUUGUUGAGAGCUAUUUUAGUACUGCAUUUAGUUGAAUUAUAUGUAUGUUUGUUCCCAGAAUUGUAAGCUUAUUACUUUUCAUAUCUUAAUAAAACACUUUGAAUUUGUACAAA